GCGCCAUUUACACUCUUAUGAGGGCCAAACUUUAGAGGUUUUCCAACAUAUAAACUCUUAUAUACAUUGCCAUAUAGGUUCCAUGUUUCCUUACUUUAUACCUCUCAUUGUAAACAUGAAACCAAAUCCUACAUUUUCCUUCAUAUUCACUCUCCUUUUCACGGGGCUUCUCUAUACACACCUGCCUUCUACCGCCGCGUUCGUCAGCCCGACGGCUGCCGCCUCUACCACCACCGGUCCGAACACCGAGUUCAUCUACAAGAGCUGUCAGCACACACUCUACCCCGACGUAUGCUACGCCACGCUCUCCGGCUACGCUAGCGCCGUACAGCAAGACGCCGGCCGGCUGGCUCGCGUGGCCAUCGCGGUUAGCCUGAGCAAAGCCAGGAGGGUGACGACUUACGUCAACAACAACCUCUCUCCGCUGGCUGAUAACGGCGACGACCACCGAGUGGCGGCGGUGCUCAACGACUGCUCCUCCACCCUCGGAGACUCCGUUGACCAGAUGCAGGACUCGCUCAUGCAGAUGAAACGGCUCGGUGGCUCGGCUGACGAGCAAGGGUUUCAGCUCAACAAUGUGCUAACGUGGAUGAGUGCCGCCGAGACGAACGAGGACACGUGUGUGGACGGAUUUGAUGACGUGGAAAGUGGGCCCGUCAGAUCCGGCGUGUACAAUGGGGUUGUGAAGGUUAAGGAGCUGACGAGUAAUGCGCUGGCUUUGGUCAACGCCCUUGCAAAUAAGGUUGCAUACGCAAUCCCAUAAAUCCAUGUUGGAGUACGUCAUAUAAUUAUAUAAUUCGUCUAAUUUGAAUAGUUUUUUUUUAUUAAUGAUGGUUUGAUUGGUCAUAGUAUUAUGGCCUAUAUGAAUAUUGGUCAAUGUGUUUUUAUUAUUAUAGAAGUAAUAUAAUUAAGUAAACUUGUGUAAAAAUUACAUCCUCUAG